AUGGGGGAUUCGGAGGAGGAGAAACGUCUCCUGAUUUGUGAAGAAUACGCCCUCCAACAUUGCAAGAUUGGAGGAUGUGAUGAGAAUUCGAAAGGAAGGCAGAAGUAUUUGGCUCAGACUAGGAGUCCCUCUGAUGGCGGUGAUGUGCGGUGGUUCUUUUGUAAAGUCCCUUUGCUUCCCAAUGAGCCAGCUGCUUCACUCCCUCGAACUGAGAUAGUGGGAAAGAAUGAAUACUUUCGUUUUGGUAUGAGAGAUUCUCUUGCGAUAGAGGCAUCUUUCUUGCAGCUAUAUGUAGAAGAAGAAAGGGUUGGAGUUCCUGUAAAGGGAGGACUUUAUGAGGUAGAUUUGGUAAAGAGACAUUGUUUCCCUGUUUAUUGGAAUGGAGACAAUCGACGUGUUCUUAGAGGUCAUUGGUUUGCUCGUAAAGGGGGCCUUGAUUGGCUUCCACUUCGUGAAGAUGUUGCUGAACAGUUAGAGAUUGCUUACCGUAGUAAGGUUUGGCACCGGAGAAGAUUUCAACCCUCUGGACUUUUUGCAGCUCGAGUUGAUUUACAAGGCUCUACCCCAGGACUUCAUGCACUUUUUACUGGCGAGGAUGAUACCUGGGAGUCUUGGCUCAAUGUUGAUGCUUCUGGUUUUUCUGGUGUCAUUAGUUUCAGUGGAAAUGGAAUUAAGUUAAGGCGUGGUUAUUCGAAAUCCCAGUCAAAAAAACCAAGCCAGGAGGAAUUGCGUCAGCAGAAAGAAGAGGAAAUGGAUGAUUAUUGUUCUCAGUGGAGAAAAGGUUUGAAGCUCAGUGGCAAAACUGCAGUUGAAAAGAUUACUUUAGAUGGUGUACAGGGUUUGCGUGUCAUGCUCAUUGCAACAGUUCAUGAUGUGUUAUACUACAUGAGCCCCAUCUACUGUCAGGAUAUUAUCAACUCGGUUUCAAACCAAUUAAAUCGAUUAUAUCUGAAAUUUCGUAAACGAAUUUUUGGCUAUGACGGAAAGGUUUCUAUAUAUGGUCAUUCCUUCGGAAGUGUCCUGUCGUAUGACAUCCUUUGCCAUCAAGAGAAUCUAUCAUCCCCGUUUCCAAUGGAUUGGAUGUACAAGGAACAACAAGAUACCAUUGAAGAAUCUUCCCAUGCUAUGAACAAUCAACCUUCUACUGGUGACUCAUCAACCGAUUUUAAGGGUGUUAAGAUAUAUUAGGAAAAUAGAGAUAUAAUUUCCUAGAUUGACUGUUAAGAUAUAUUAGGAAAAUAGAGAUAGUAUUUCCUAAAUUGAUUUGUGUAAAUAUGGUAGACUAAUAUUGUGUGUAUAUCCUUGAUUAUUUAGGAUCAAUUCUUUCCUAAUUCAUGUAACUUGUACAUUGUAUAAAUUCCCAUCUUGCUUGGGGAAAUGAUCAAGCAACAUAUUUCACAAAUACUGUUGUUUCAUGGUAUCAUAGCCAGGUUGGUUCUUGGCCUUCUUCUUCUUCUAAAUCCAUCUAUUUCAAAAAACCCUAAAACAUAUCUUUAAAGGAGGUGCUCCUCUUUGCUUUUGGGGAGUUUAUUUCUCGAUUCUCUUGGUUCGUCGGCAUCUUUUGGUUCUUCUCAGGCGAUCGGUUUCCUCCAGUUCUUCCUUCUUGUUGGUGAUUCAACUCUGACAGAGGGUGUUUCUACCGUUUUGGAUUUAUCUCUCACUUCUCUUGAUUACAAUGGCAGAAGCAUCAAAAUCAGGUGAUAUCAAACCAUUCUUCUCUUCUAUUUCUAGUUCUCCAACAAUUACUACAGUCAAGCUUCAGGGUAGUAGUAAUUAUGUGUCAUGGGCUGCUUCAGUAGAGUUAUGGUUUAUGGGGCAGGGUUAUGAUGAUCACUUAAGCAAAACAUCCACUGAUAUUUCUACUACUGAGAGGGCUAGUUGGGUUAAAGUUGAUGCUCAGUUAUGUAGUCUCCUUUGGCAUUCUUUAGACCCUAAACUGCUUAAUUUGUUUCAAUCAUGUAAAACUUGUUGUAAGGUCUGGACCAAAGCAAAAACUUUGUAUACGAAUGAUGUGCAAAGAAUAUAUAGAGUUGUUUCUGAUAUUGUCCACCUUCAACAAAAUAAUCAAGAUAUGGAGAGCUAUUUAGGGCAGAUAAAGACUUUAAAAGAUCAAUUUGAUUCCCUUAUGCCAGUAUCUGAUAGUACCACUGAACAAGAGAGACAACGUGACAAAUUCUUUAUGGUCCUAGCCUUAAUCGGACUACGAUCUGACCUUGGUUCUAUUCAAGAUCAAAUUUUAGCUAGCCUACCAUACCAUCUUUGGAAGAUGUAUUUGCUCGAUUACUGCGUCUUUCUUUAAACCUAGGCGGUACUAAUGAGGUUGAGACAUCUGUAUUAGCUAUUCAGGCAGGAAAUUAGCAAGGACAGAGUGGUUCUCAAAAGGGAAAAGGAAAGGGAUCUAGACCACAUUGCACCUAUUGUGACAAGAAUGGCCACAACCGAGACACUUGUUGGGCUUUGCAUGGGAGGCCACCACGUCAAUCUUCUAAUCAAUCCACCGCUCAUAUGGCUCAAGCAACUGGAGAUGGACUCUUUCCCUUACCCGAUGCUAAAGAUCAACAAUCCAACUCCAUUACAUUGUCUGGGGCUGAUUAUAAUGAGUAUCUUCAAUAUCAAGUUGUCAAGCAGCAGUCAUCCUCAUCUGGUGCCUCCCAAACUGGUAAUUCAUUUGCCUAUCUGAGCAGGACCUCCUCCACUGGCCCAUGGAUUUUGGAUUCCAGAGCAUCUGACUACAUUUCUGGUAAUAAAAAUCUUUUAUCUGAAAUUACCUCUUCUCCCACUUUAUCAAAAAUUACUCUUGCUAAUGGUUCACAGACUAUGGUCAAAGGGAUAGGAGAAGCUCGACCACUUCCUUCCACUUCUUUAAACUCAAUCUUAUUCGCCCUUGACUGUCCAUAUAAUCUGAUUUCUAUUAGUAAGUUAACCAAAUAUCUUAACUGUUCUGUCACCUUUUUUGCUGACUCUGUUGUGGUGCAGGAUUGGAACACAAGUCAGACGAUUGGAACAAGACAUCAAUCACAUGGACUGUACCACCUUUUCGAUCCAAAUCCGCCAGUUGCCUUCACCUCUGCUGCGUCUACCGACAUUCUUCAUAGUCGCCUUGGUCAUCCAAGUCUUACCAAAUUUCAGAAAUUAGUAUCUAGUCUGUCUACAUUAUCUUCUUUUAAUUGUGAGUCAUGUCAACUUGGAAAACAAACUAGAGCUUCCUUUCCCAAGCGAGUCAAUAAUAGGGCCAUCUCAAUGUUUGACAUUGUUCACACAGACAUUUGGGGUCCUAGUCGUGUUAGUUCAACUUUGGGUUUUUAUUAUUUUGUUACUUUUAUAGAUGACUAUUCUCGUAAUACUUAGGUAUUUUUAAUGAAAACUCGUUCUGGGUUAUUUUCUAUCUUUCAGAAUUUUUGUGCUGAGAUUCGUAAUCAAUUUGGUGUUUCUAUUAAGAUUUUGCGUAGUGAUAAUGCUAAGGAAUAUCUAUCUUCUCCCUUUACAAAGUAUAUGUUUUCUCAGGGUAUUAUUCACCAUACCUCAUGUGCCUAUACUCCUCAGCAGAAUGGGGUUGCCAAACGCAAAAAUCGUCAUCUUAUUGAAACAGCCUGUACCUUACUUAUACAUCAUCAUGUUCCUCUUCGAUUUUGGGGGGAUGCAGUUCUCACCGCUUGUUACAUGAUUAACCGUAUGCCUUCUUCUGUCUUGCAACAUAAGAGUCCUCACUCUAUUCUGUUUCCUAGUAAAGACCCAUACCCAAUACAUUUACGGGUGUUUGGUUGCAUUUGCUUUGUUCAUGAUCACACUCCAGGCAAAGACAAAUUAUAGCCUAAAUCUGUUAAGUGUAUCUUCUUAGGAUAUUCUCGUCUCUAAAAAGGUUACCGUUGCUAUGACCCAACCACCAACAAAUAUUUUGUUUCUGCAGAUGUAACUUUCUUUGAGACAUCUCCAUACUUUUCUGAAAACACCGUCAAUAGCAAUCUUAUCCCUGCCACCUUACCUAUCCCCAUCCCUCCUUCCUCGUCGAUGGAUCGUCCUCCUCUCUAAGUUUAUUCUCGUCGUCCUUGUCCUCCUACUAAUCCCAAGUUUAUUCUACGGUCUUUAUAUGGUCUCAAGUAGUCACCUAGAGCAUGGUUUGGACGGUUCAGUUCUGUGAUUCAACAAUUUGGGAUGUCGCGAAGUACAGCUGAUCAUUCAGUAUUUUUCCGCCGUAAUGAUCAUGGUAAAUUUAUAUACUUGGUUGUCUAUGUUGAUGACAUUGUCAUAACAGGUAAUGACCAAGAUGGGAUUUCUCAACUGAAGCAGCAUCUAUUUAGCCACUUUCAAACCAAGGACUUGGGGAAGCUAAAGUAUUUUCUGGGGAUUGAGGUAGCACAGUCUAAGGCUGGUAUUGCUAUAUCACAAAGGAAGUAUUCCUUGGACAUUCUUGAGGAGACAGGUUUGUUAGACUGUAAGCCUGUAGAUUCUCCUAUGGAUCCCAAUGUCAAACUUGUUCCUGGAUAGGAGGAGCCAUAGAAGACCCUGGAAGGUAUUGAAAAUUGGUUGGUAAGCUGAAUUAUCUCACAAUCACCAGACCAUAUAUCUCCUUUGCAGUUAGUGUGGUUAGCCAAUUUCUCCAGGCCCCAUGUAGUGGUCAUUGGGACGCAGCAGUUCGCAUUCUCAAGUAUAUUAAAGGAGCUCCAAGACAAGGCUUGCUAUAUGAAAAUAGGGGUCAUUCUCAAAUUGUUGGGUAUUCUAAUGCUGAUUGGGUAGGGUCUCCAUCAGAUAGACGAUUUACUUUUGGAUACUGUUUCAUGAUUGGAGGUAAUCUAAUAUCUUGGAAGAGUAAGAAGCAAGAUGUAGUAGCUAGAUCAAGUGCAGAGACAGAAUAUCGGGCUAUGGCUCUCGCGACUUGUGAGCUCAUCUGGUUGAAACAACUUCUUCAAGAAUUGGGGUGUAAUGAAGUGAAGCAGAUGAAACUAAUAUGCGACAAUCAAGCUGCUCUGCAUAUUGCCUCAAAUCCAGUCUUUCACGAAAGAACAAAGCAUAUAGAGGUUGAUUGUCAUUUUAUCCGACAGAAGAUUGAAUCCGAAUGCAUUGUCACCAGUUUUGUCAACUCUAAUGACCAGCUAGCAGAUGUUCUUACUAAGUCUCUCAGAGGUUCCCGAAUCGGAUACAUUUGUAACAAGCUUGGAACAUAUGACAUAUAUGCUCCAGCUUGAGGGGGAGUGUUAAGAUAUAUUAGGAAAAUAGAGAUAUUAUUUCCUAGAUUGACUGUUAAGAUAUAUUAGGAAAAUAGAGAUAGUAUUUCCUAGAUUGAUUUGUGUAAAUAUGGUAGACUAAUAGUGUGUGUAUAUCCUUGAUUAUUUAGGAUCAAUUCUUUCGUAAUUCAUGUAACUUGUACAUUGUAUAAAUUCCCAUUUUGCUUAGGGAAAUAAUCAAGCAGCAUAUUUCACAAACACUGUUGUUUCAAAGGGUAAAAGCUCCACUGAAACAAAUGAAACUGAGGAUAAGGUGGGGUCUGCUGACGAGGACAAGAUGAGUGUACAAUCAACUCAUCUAGAGCACAAGGAAGCACCUGCUGAAGAUUUUUCCUCUCUUGUGGGUACUGUCGUCUCAGAUACUGCAACAGCUACAGACUCUGAGCAGACAGCUAAAGAAGAUAUUGAUCUAUUGGUUCAAAGUUCUAGUGACACAAUGUCAUCAGAUAAGGCUGGCUUCAAUGAAGCUAACCGCAUGAACGGUGGUGUCCUGGAUGGUAUACUGGAGAGAGCGGCUGAGGAAGAGUCCAAAGAUACAUGUGAUAAGGACAACACCACAAUUGAUCUUCUGAAGAAAGAGAUUGAUUCCCUGAAAGCCAAAAUAGCAGACCUGGAAUUGUACAAUCAAGGUAGAG